ACUGUUUAACAAUACAGGAAUCAUCAGUCAUGGAUUUGUUGCACCUUUACGAGUGGUUCGAUAUCAAAAGUAUUUUGGUAUUUCUGUGUGUGUUUUUAUUGCUGGGUGAUUAUAUUAAAAAUAAAGCGCCGAAGAACUUUCCUCCUGGACCCUGGUCUUUGCCGAUUAUAGGAGAUCUUCAUCAUAUUGAUAAUAGUAAGAUUCAUCUUCAGUUCACAAAGUUUGCAGAAAAAUAUGGCAAGAUUUUCAGUCUGAGACUUUUUGGACCAAGAAUUGUAGUGCUGAACGGGUAUAACUUGGUGAAAGAGGUGUAUAUAAAACAAGGAGAAAACCUCGCUGAUCGACCAGUGUUGCCACUAUUUUAUGAAAUCGUUGGAGACAAAGGUUUAAUUCUUUCCAGCGGAUAUAAAUGGAAGCAUCAGAGGAGAUUUGCACUCUCGACUCUUCGAAAUUUCGGAUUGGGGAAGAAAAGCCUGGAGCCUUCUAUCAAUCUCGAAUGUGGCUUUCUGAAUGAGGCCAUUUCAAAUGAACAAGGCCGACCCUUUGAUCCUCGCUUACUUCUAAACAACGCUGUCUCGAAUGUGAUCUGUGUGCUGGUGUUUGGUAAUCGAUUUGACUACAGUGACCAUCACUUCCAGACUCUGCUGAAGAACAUCAGUGAAGCUGUGUACCUGGAAGGAAGCAUCUGCGCUCAACUUUAUAACAUGUUCCCAUGGCUCAUGCAGCGACUGCCUGGACCCCAUAAGACACUUAUUGCUCUUUGGGGGAAAGUGACUGACUUUGUUAGAGAGAAGGUGAAUGAACACAGAGUGGAUUAUGAUCCAUCAAAUCCUCGAGACUACAUUGACUGCUUUCUAGCUGAGAUGGAAAAGCUUAAAGACGACACAGCUGCAGGGUUUGAUGUGGAGAACUUGUGCAUCUGUACUCUGGAUCUGUUUGUAGCAGGAACUGAGACCACCUCCACCACUCUGUAUUGGGGUCUUCUCUACAUGAUAAAAUAUCCUGAGAUUCAAGCUAAAGUACGGGAGGAGAUUGAUGCUGUUGUUGGAGGCUCACGGCAGCCAUCUGUAUCAGACAGAGACGACAUGCCCUACACCAAUGCUGUUAUUCAUGAGAUACAGAGGGUGGGAAACAUAGCUCCAAUAAAUCUGGCCAGGACUACUUCAGAAGAUACUCAGAUAGGACAAUACUCUAUUCCAAAGGGCACAAUGGUGACCAGUAAUUUGACAUCAGUGCUGUUUGAUGAGUCUGAGUGGGAGACGCCUCACUCUUUUAACCCGGGUCACUUCCUGGAUGCUGAGGGCAAAUUCAGGAGGAGAGAUGCCUUUUUACCUUUUUCUCUGGGAAAGAGAGUGUGUCUUGGGGAGCAGUUGGCGAGGAUGGAGCUCUUCCUCUUCUUCUCCUCUCUGCUGCAGCGCUUCGCUUUCUCUCCACCAGCAGGUGUGGAGCCCAGCUUGGAUUAUAAAAUGGGGGGCACACACUGUCCCAUGCCAUAUAAACUGUGUGCAGUGCCACGCUAAAUUAAGAAACAUGCAUGCAAUUUUAAACAUUUCAGCAAUUUUAAAGAGAUACAUUUUUACAUUCAAGAUUAUUUGGUGAUUUAUAAAAUACAAAACUACUUACAAAUAAGCCUGUAUUGAAAACAAAGUCAUUAAGGGGAUAAAUUGUUGUAUAAACUCAAGAUCUGAGCUGUGAACAGAGCAGCAGCUUAAUGAGAAGACUGUGAAGCAGUCCAGACCUGAAAGAGUGAGAACGAGAGAAUGUUUAGCAAUGCAUACAAUAAAACUGCACUCUGGACUAAUAUUAAAAUGUGGAAGUUUGCAGAUUUUAGAGAAAUCAUGACCAAAAUAUGUAGAAUUUCAUGACAUCACAGGACCCAAGUCAUUGCUUCAACCUGCCACUGCAGGAAAGAUGGUGCUCCGUCACCUGAGAAGAAAAAAACACAUUGUAAAGUUGUCAUAACCGACUGUAAAUAAACAGGUCUUGAUAGAUGAAAUGAAAUGCAACUAUAAUCAGCUUUGAUGCGGAGUGUCUCAUCAGGUACCACCCUUCCUCUCGCCUCGGACUCCAGGAACAGCUGUAAGCAAGCACGUUUGUUUUUACUUACUCAUGGAUCUUCCAUUAUGGUGAAUAAAACACCAACAACGCAUCUCAUUUAUUAUAAAUCCCAUUUAAAGUUUUGCCUAUGAAAUAUUUCAUCCACAAAAGUUGGUAAAAUCCCUUAGCCACUGUCAAAGACUUUUAUUGGAGGAGGGGUGGGUAUGUGGGGCAUUAAAAUGUCUUGAAAGGCUGUGUAUCCAAAAUUGAAUGCUUUCUUGAGUAGGAGAGUGAUUUGUCAUUUGUGACCAAAUGUAAAACGAAUGUAAUAUAGAUUCAUAUUGUUUCUGCCAUAAUGUCUUAACUGGUUACCAGCUCCAUUAGGCAUUCAAAUGUGUUUUACCAGCUGUAGGACCUAUGAAUAAAAUUAGACAUUUCAAUGUUAA